UCACCGUCAGCUGACAGACUAACGUCUUGUUAAGUCCCGACUGGCAGGCGGCUCCGCUGUUGUUGCUGCUGCUGUUGCGCGAGUUUCUUGCCGGCUUCGUUCGCCUGCUGUUUGUUUUAGUUUUCAUUCAUUUUUAACACCUACAAGGACAACGGAGCGAUGAAAAUCACUUUCCUACUCCUGCUCGCCGGCUUCGUUGGGAUCAGCAACGCUCUGGUCAGAAUUCCUCUUAAAAAGUUCCGCACCAUCAGACGGACCCUGUCUGAUUCGGGUCGAACAAUUGAAGAGCUCCUGGCAGGUAAUGAGGCACUGAAGUACAAUGUGGGCUUCCCACCCAGCACCAGUCCCACCCCGGAGACUCUGAAGAACUACCUUGACGCCCAGUACUAUGGAGAGAUUGGGAUUGGGACGCCACCUCAGCCCUUUACGGUGAUUUUUGACACCGGCUCCUCUAACCUCUGGGUGCCCUCGAUCCACUGCUCACUCACAGAUAUCGCUUGCUUGAUUCAUCACAAGUAUAAUUCUGCGAAAUCAAGCACCUACGUCAAGAAUGGAACAGCGUUUGCGAUCCAGUAUGGCAGCGGGAGCCUUUCUGGGUACCUCAGUCAGGACACCUGCACGAUCGGGGACCUCGCAGUCGAGAAUCAAGUGUUUGGCGAAGCCGUCAAGCAGCCCGGAGUUGUCUUCAUUGCCGCCAAGUUUGAUGGAAUUCUGGGAAUGGCGUACCCCAGGAUCGCAGUAGACGGAGUCGUCCCGGUGUUUGAUAAUAUAAUGAAGCAGAAGAAGGUUGAGAAGAACGUAUUCUCCUUUUACCUGAACAGAAAUCCAGACACUCAGCCAGGAGGUGAGCUGCUGCUGGGAGGCACUGAUCCCAAGUUCUACACGGGGGACUUCAACUACGUGAAUGUCACUCGACAGGCCUACUGGCAGAUCCACAUGGACGGGGUGAUGGUGGGCAGUCAGCUGUCCCUGUGCCAGGAGGGCUGUGAGGCCAUCGUGGACACAGGAACGUCUCUCAUCACAGGCCCAUCGGCAGAAGUCAAGGCCCUGCAGAAGGCCAUCGGAGCUUUCCCACUCAUCCAGGGCGAGUAUAUGGUGGACUGCAAAAAAGUUUCUUCCCUUCCUGCCAUCUCUUUUAAAGUGGGAGGUCAGGUGUACACACUGACUGGAGAGCAGUAUAUCCUGAAGGAGAGCACAGCUGGUCAGACGGUGUGCCUCAGUGGCUUCAUGGGACUUGACAUUCCUGCCCCAGCCGGACCCCUGUGGAUUCUGGGAGACGUCUUUAUCGGCCAGUAUUACACGGAGUUUGACAGAGACAACAAUCGCGUGGGCUUUGCGAAAUCCAAAUAAGGCCCCUCUGGGCUGCGGGGGUCCGACAGCUGCACACAUUCGGUUUCCGUUACCCCAACGCCAUCCUGCCCCGUAGCAAUAAGUUGAUCUCAAUCUCGCCUGAUUUAGUUCCAAGUUUUUGGAUUUUAUUUUUGUUCUUUCUCUUUCUGAGGAGACACGUUGUUUUUCAGGGUGGUGUUUGCGGAUUUUAUUUGAGAAAUUGUUUUAUUUGACUUGUUGGGGCAAACUUUGGUUGGUUACUUUGGCUGGGAUUUUUUUUUAAAGUCGUGAGCUGCCUUGGCAGACAUGCAGAGUCUCGUCAGUUUUAUGUGUUCAGAGAAUUAAAUUAAAUGCUUAAUAGAAUUA